GCCCCUCAAAUCCGUCUUUACAUUGUUAAAGAGUGUGUUUGAAUAGGGAUUUCAAUAAACUGUGUUUGACGCAGGUGUCGUCUAUGUGUACCCAGUGAAAGUGGUCCCUGGCGGUGAGUACGACACGCUAACAGUGAAUGAGGGCUGACAUGCAGCCAUUAUGCAAAUAAACUCUGAAAAACUACACUUUUAAAGUUUACCCCUGUGAAAACAUUUUCACACAUUUUUCUAAGUCUAUCACUAGAUUAUUCACCUUUAGAAAUUUGCUGUGUAACACUGUGUGCAUUCAUCUGUAUAUUUGUCUGUUUUUCUUCUUAAUCUUUCAACCAUGGUUAACAGGAUAUUACUUCACGGCCGUUUUCAAGACCGAAACAGUAAACGAAACCUGAUGAGUGCUUCAUAUGUAAACUUUACUCUUCACCUAUGCAGAAUUCAGUCAACAUUAGUCCACCAGAAUGAAGCUGUUUCUGGGCUUGUAUUUCUUUUCCCUCGUCUACUCAGUACACACACUGCACUGCCUUCGGUGUGUUAGUGAUUCAGGUCAGUGCAGCACCACAAACUCAAGCCAGUGUGAAACAGGCACAAUGUGUAAUGCAUGGAGAAUUGAUUUUGCUGAAUCAGGACUUGGGAAUGGCUCGUCAGUUAUACGUUCUUGUAUGUCUAAUACACUCUGCGCUCAGCUGAAUGCAUCUUCUUCAGGCAUAACGUACUCAAGCAACUUUGGAUCAUCAAGUUUCUUUUAUUUUUUCUCCUGCUGUAAUUCCAGUAAUUGCAAUAACAUCAACAUCCCAGAACCUGACAACACCCCUAAUGGACUAAAAUGUGCAGCCUGCAGCAGUUACCUGGACACAACCUGCAACACUACUGUGUCCUGUGUAGGAAUUCAAGAAUACUGUAUGAAUUAUGCAGCUCCGCUGCGCUCUGCUGCAGUUCGGUCUUCAGCCGGACGGGAGCGCUGUACACAAACUAACCCCGCGGCUACAGCUGCUGCUGCUGUACGGAGGGCGAGCUGGAUGGAGCUGUGGCCUGUGCGUUCUUAA